UUACUCAGAAGCGGCCAUUUUAGAAGCCGCAUGAAAACAACAAGCGUGCUUCUUCAUAAUUCUUAAGAAAUGGGUGUUCCAGCAUUUUUUAGAUGGCUAAGUCGCAAAUAUGCCUCCAUUGUGGUGCACUGUGUGGAAGAAAAGCCGAAGGAGGUGAAUGGGGUCAUGGUGCCUGUUGACAGCAGCAAGCCUAACCCCAAUGACGUGGAGUUUGACAACCUCUACUUGGACAUGAACGGCAUUAUCCAUCCAUGCUGCCAUCCUGAAGACAAACCUGCUCCCAAGAAUGAGGAUGAGAUGAUGGUCCUGAUCUUUGAGUACAUUGAUCGCAUUUUCUCCAUCGUGCGUCCCAGGAAAGUCCUCUACAUGGCUAUAGAUGGUGUGGCCCCUCGAGCAAAGAUGAAUCAACAGAGAUCCAGGCGAUUCCGAGCUUCAAAGGAAGCAAUAGAGAAGACGGAGAUCAUGGCUCAACUGAGGGAAGAGAUCUUCGCGAAGGGUUGUAGUCUCCCUCCAGAGAAACCUGCUCAAGAAAAGUUUGACAGCAAUUGUAUCACUCCGGGAACGCCAUUUAUGUUCAAACUGGCCGACUGUCUGCGUUACUACAUUCACGAUCGGCUCAACCACGACCCUGGCUGGUCGGGCAUCAAGGUCAUCUUGUCUGAUGCCAAUGUCCCUGGCGAGGGAGAACACAAGAUCAUGGACUACAUUAGAAGACAGAGAGCCAUGCCUGCCCAUGACCCCAACACCCAUCACUGUCUCUGCGGGGCUGACGCUGAUCUCAUUAUGCUGGGCCUGGCAACCCAUGAGCCGUACUUCACCAUCAUCAGAGAGGAGUUUAAACCCAACAAGCCCAAGCCGUGCGAACUGUGUGGACAAAUGGGUCAUGAAAUGAAGGAGUGUGCUGGCUUGCCAAAGGAAAAAUCUGGAGAGCAUGAUCAGAUCGAGCCCUUCGUUGGUGCGGAGCAGGAGUUUAUAUUUCUGCGCUUGAACAUCCUUCGGGAGUACCUGGAGCGAGAGCUGCAGAUGGAUGGGCUACCGUUUGAGUAUGACUUUGAGCGAGCGUUGGAUGAUUGGGUGUUCAUGUGCUUCUUUGUGGGCAAUGACUUUCUACCACAUCUACCAUCCUUGGAAAUCAGGGAGGGAGCUAUAGACAGACUGAUAAAGCUGUACAAGAUCACCGUCUACAAGACUGGGGGCUACUUGACGGACAGUGGAGUGGUGUCCUUGGAGAGAGUACAACUUGUCAUGGCAGAUCUGGGUCAAGUGGAAGAUGAGAUUUUCAAGAAGAGACGAGAAACAGAGCUUGAUUUCCGGAGACGUAACAAGGAGAAGAAGAUGAGGAUGAAACAGCAACGACAAGGAGACCGACCGCGAUGGAUGGCAGGGGGACAGUUUGCACCAAAGCCUGUUGGCGAUGGUGCAUCUCCUGUGUCCAACCCACGACAGGAGGCCUACCAGAUGAGAAUGCAGCAGUCAGCAUCGUACUCCACAUCUAGUGGAGGCUCAGCCAAUCAGAAUGCCGCGGAGAAUGGUGGGGAAAGUCGGGGAACGAAGCGAGGAGCAUCAGCAGUGGAGGAUGAUGAAGAAGAGGAGGAGCCUAAUGAUGACGUCAAACUAUGGGAAGAUGGCUGGAAAGAUAGGUAUUACAAAUCCAAGUUUGACACUGAUGCAAAUGACAUUGACUUCCGACAUAAAGUGGCUCACCACUAUGUGAGAGGACUGUGUUGGGUGUUGAGGUACUACUAUCAGGGCUGUGCUUCCUGGAAAUGGUACUUCCCCUACCACUAUGCACCAUUUGCAUCGGAUUUUGUCAACAUUGGUGACCUUCCCAACGACUUUGAGAGGAACACUGCACCUUUCCAGCCCCUGGAGCAGCUGAUGAGUGUGUUCCCCGCGGGAAGCAAGCAGCAUCUCCCCCUCACCUGGCAGACUCUCAUGGAGGAACCGGAAUCACCCAUCAUUGAUUUCUACCCCACAGACUUCAAGAUAGAUUUGAAUGGCAAGAAAUACGCUUGGCAGGGUGUCGCUCUGUUGCCGUUUGUGGAUGAGAAGAGGCUAAAGGAGGCCUUGAAGAGUGUGUAUCCUGAUCUCUCAGAGGCUGAACGGAAGAGAAAUGUCCGCGGCGAUGAUCGCUUGUUUGUGGGCUUCAACCAUCCCUCCUACUCCCUGUUUGAGGGGCUCUACGAGGGUGGAGGAACCAGUGAGCCUGUAGAUUUGGAUGCCGGUCUGUCUGAAGGAGUCUCAGGGAAAAUCUGGUGUGAUGAGUAUGCAGUGCUAACCGGAGGUGUUGUGAGAUCUAUUCUGCCUGAACUGAAGGAUGUCGAGGAUAACAGAGCCAUUGGUGUUCACUUCAAGGAUCCCAAGUUUGAUGAAGAUCAUCUCUUCCCUGCCAAGAUCCUGCCUGGCGCCAACAUGCCUGAUAAGGUCUUGAAGCCAGAGGACUUUGUGAAGAUGUUCCGCAGCCAGCAGGAGCGAGGGCGUGGCCGGGGACGCGGUGGGUACCGUGGCGGAGGCCGGGGUGGGUUGGGCUAUAGACCGCAGCUUGGCUUCACCCCCAACAGUGGCUACAGACAGGAUAAAGACAUUUCUUCAGCCCUCAGGAUGAUCAGACAUGAGAGCCAGGCCUACGGAGGUGGUCAGAACUUUGUCAUGUCGUCCCAGAGCAUGCAUCACUCUCAGUAUCAUGGCGGCCGCAACUACGGAGGUGGGAGUCAGUAUGGAGGCUACAGCGGCGGCAGUAGUGGAGGUGGUGGACGAAGUGAAGGGGGAGGAGGAGGAGGAGGCCAAGGCCAAGGGUGGCAGAGGAACAUGGAUCAGUAUGGAGGGGGACAGGGGAGCCGUCAGAUGGGCGGCUACAGCAGCGGCUAUGGCGGGGGCGCCCAGGGUUAUGGUGGAGGCUACGGUAGCAGCUAUGGUGGUCGUGAUGGUCAGACACGGGGAUACGGUGAUCAGAGGUCCCAGCAGUCAGGACAAGACCGGUAUCGACCGUACAACCAACAGCAACAAUACCCACAAGGCAGUGGUAGCAGUAGCGGUAGCGGUAACUACAGGCGGUAUUGAACCCAGACUGAGGCCAGAUAGAGCUGACGUGUGUGUCUGUGGUGCUGGGUCUACAUUCAGGCAGCUGAACAUCAGUGUUGUAGACAUCCUAAACAACAAUCAAUCAUCAUUGUUCAAGACACUUCACAACCCAAGGCUGACAGUUUCCAAAAGAAUAAGUUGCCAUAC